AUGCCGCCCUCUCUUCGCGCCGAACAUCGCGCAUUGGGUACGCGAGCCUACCGCCCGACCUACAGACGGGCCGGGCGCCUCAUCCUCUCUCCUCCGCUGUCUUCGUCACCGGAGGCCCUCGCCAUCGCCCUCACCACCGGGUCCGAGUCGCCGCAGCCAUUCCCCACGGCCGCGCCCCGCAGGCUGGUGCAACACACAGAUCCUGCAGACAAAUUUGUCGCGUUCCAGCGCAGGCAUGCCGCGUAUCAAAAUGAGCUGGCCGAACGCCCGCUCCCUCAGGCUCUUCUUCCACUCCCUGACCACCGCAUGCGCCCGCUCCUCGUCGGAUGCACGCUCCUCCACUACUACCCCCAACAAUGCUGUCAAGUAGACCUCGCCAUCCGCGUGCCGGCCGGAGCUGAUGGCUUUUCGCGCCGCCUCAAGAUUACCGCUACCUCCUCUCCCGUCCUUCAUCCCGACACCAGCAGGCCAUCUGCCGGCAGUCCAAGCAACUCUACAACCCCAAUGCCGCCAGCCCCGACGAUCAUUAUCACCGCCGAGCCAGAAGCCGUAUCGGACGCCGCGGCGGCUGCGCCGAGCUCGUAUGCUCCGCGGGGCCCGCGCCAGAUGAGCCGCGCCAGGCUGCUUACAAGUCCAGAGCGGCACCCGAUUCAGAUAGACAACCUUCGAUCAGCGUAA